GGUCAAGUCGGCCGGUCCAUGAAUUAGGCUAUUGGACCAUAUAAACCUAAUCAAACACAACCUUCUCCUCUAGGGUUUUAGAGCUUCGACAAACCCUAGAAUUUUUUCUCGGUGGGAACCGGUGCCGAAAAUGUCUCGAGUUUAUGUUGGGAAUUUGGAUCCUCGUGUCUCAGAAAGGGAGCUUGAAGAUGAAUUUCGAGUUUACGGUGUUAUUCGGAGUGUUUGGGUUGCUCGGAGACCACCGGGUUAUGCUUUUGUUGAGUUUGCUGAUCGUAGGGAUGCUGUAGAUGCAAUUCGUGGAUUGGAUGGAAAGAGUGGGUGGCGUGUGGAGCUCUCUCAUAAUUCUAAGGGUGGUGGUGGUGGUGGUGGUGGUGGAGGCCGUGAUCGUGGACGUGGUGGAGGUGAGGACUUGAAGUGCUAUGAAUGUGGUGAACCUGGUCAUUUUGCUCGAGAAUGUCGCUUGCGGAUUGGUUCACGAGGCAUGGGAAGUGGACGGCGUCGAAGCAUUAGCCCUCGUCCUCGUAGGAGUCCAAGUUAUGGGCGCAGGAGCUAUAGCCCGCAUGCGAGAAAAUCUCCACGACGUAGAAGCGUAUCGCCUCGUCGAGGUCGCAGCUACAGCAGGUCACCUCCAUAUCGCCGUGCUCGCAAUGAUUCACCUUUUGCUAAUGGAGACUGAUGUUGGAGUAGCUGAAUCAAACGCUGGAUGGCAUUAAAGAGUGGCUUCUCUGCCAUAGUGUAGCACUAAUAGGAUUUGUUGAACAACCAAGAACCAUGUUAGUUAUGUUCAUGUCAUGAGAAUGGGUUAUGUUGGAAAAUGGCUUCUACAGUGUUAUAGCCGCCAAUAGAGAUGAUUUGGACUGUUUUACGUCGGCUUGCUCUCUUCAGCUUUACUGAAAUUUGGAGGUUCCGCCCCUACUUUGAAUUGUCAUCUUAUUGCUGUUUGUGUUUGUGUUUGUGUUUGUGUUUGUGUUAUUAUCUGUAAGCCCUCUAUUUAAAAUAUAGGUUUCUAAAAGGUUUUACA